AACUAACCAAUCAGAAGCGCUCUGAGACGCUGCAUAUGGAUCAAGUUGCAAACGUAGCCAGGCCAGCCAGAGGCAGAGCAUCUUUCGCUGCAAACCAUCUGCUGUUGAGUUACAAUGGCACGUAGAAAGUCAAAGAGAAAGCCACCUCCUAAAAAGAAAAUGACAGGUAACCUGGACACCCAGUUCACCUGCCCUUUCUGUAACCAUGAGAAAUCCUGCGAUGUCAAAAUGGAACGAACUCGCAACACGGGGAUUAUAUCCUGCAGCGUCUGCUUAGAGGAGUUCCAGACUCCUAUAACGUAUCUGUCUGAACCAGUAGACGUUUACAGUGACUGGAUCGACGCCUGCGAAGCAGCCAAUCAGUAGACCCGUGUCUCUAACACAGUGAUUCCCAACCCUGGUCCUCAAGGCACACUAUCCUGCAGGUCUUAGACGUCUAAGACCUAGAGGAUAGUGUGCCUUGAGGACCAGGUGUGCACACUUGUAUCUGUAGGCUCACUUUCUGCUUGGUUAGAUAGUUUCUGUAGGGUUAGCACAGCAUAGCCACAUUUGUCAUUCUUUACUUGAGUGUGUCACAUUCUUAGGUUUAGUUUAGCUGGUAACUGAGACAUUUCCAGUGGUCUGCCUAUUUCACAGCUCUGCAUUUAAAUGUCUUCAUAUGCCACAUUAAUUCAUAGUUUCCCCCUGGUUUGGGCCAAGUCGUCACAUUCAUAUAUAUAUAUAUAUAUAUAUAUAUAUAUAUUGUAGACAAAAAAAUCUGAUCUUUGUUUUUACUAUAUUUAAUUAUGAACAUUGAAUAAAAUAGUCUAAUAAAGCAAUGUUCUAGUUGUGGUGUGUAGUGUAGUUUUCAGCCUUGUGACUAAUGCACUGAAAACGUUUAGUUGGUUUCCUGUCAAUAUUAUUUUUAUUAUUUUUCUUUUGGACCACUAUGUAUUUGUACUAUUAUUUUUCCAAAUAAAAACCAUGUAGUUUUUGUUGCACACUA